CGGGGCUGAAGCGGCGGAGUUGGUUCGGGAGCCGGGAGGUCGGGUCGGGGCGGCGGCGCCGGGGGAAUGAACACUUCCAGGACAUGUGUUUCACACUCGAGUGAGAAGGUGCCCCAGGUGAGGUCCCAGCAGUAUGGAUCAGGAUGAAUUUCCACCCCCACCUCCUGAAGUCCUAGAGAACGAACUUCUGUAUGCUGAUGAUGAUGAUCACGAAGAGGGGAAAGCCUUUGAUUUUGACAGUGAUGAGGUGCCGGAAGCAGACCGCGAGCCCGUGGAAUCUGUACCCCUGUUCAUAAAUGCCCAAGGACGGGGCCCUCUCCCAGACUCCACUCCGGAAAGUGUGGCUGUCAAGGCUUCACCUGAGAACAAUGGGUACUACGAAAUAUCGGAAACCAGCAGGUUGGACCCACACACAAAUGAUUCAGCUCAAACCCCAGAGACAAACGCACAAGAAAAUGACACAGCUGCCAGGUUACCGAAUGCAGAGGAACAGACCACAGCUGAUCGGCCACCUGCAAAAGUGAAUCCGUAUUCAGUUAUAGAUAUCAGUCCGCUCCAGGAGGUUGAACAAGUGGAGUUCUCAGGAGCUGAGCAAGGCCACCAGGAUGAUAAGGCAAUGGUCCAUGUGCAAUCCCCUGGAUAUUGUGUACCAGUUCCCUGUGGGUACGCUGUACCAUCCAAUGUACCAGUGCUGGUGCCUACAUACUCAGCACCCGUGACUUUAAUAAGAAAUAUUUCUGUCGAUGAGGAAGGACUAUUGCAAAGUGAAGAAUUUCAAGGUAGUCCUACUCAAUCAAGCAGUCAACAGGCUGGUGAAGAUUACCUGGCUUUUGAAACAGGAAACGCCUUCACCAAAUGGGCUUCCGACCCAGCAAAUACAGCAUGGUUAGAAGGUCAGGAUGAGGUGAUUUAUGAUGACGUGCCAAGAGAGAGCUCAGAUGCAUCGGCAACAGAUCCAGAGGAACUGAUCUAUGACGACGUGGAACAUGGAGAUGAGGCAGCCGCGAGUCCGUUGGAAUAUGGCUGGAGCUCCAGUGAGUUUGAGAGUUACGAAGAUCAGAGCGACGGGGAGUCGAAAAUGGAAAAUGGAAUUCCCAAUUCCUUUCUCCAAGGCAAAUCUCACAAGAAUAAGAUCCACCUGUCCCAGGACCUGAGUCGACUGAAGGAGCAUUAUGAGAAGAAGAUGAAGGAACUAGCGAGUGCUGUUGGAAGUGUAGAGCUGCAACAGCUGAAGCAGAAGCAGGAACGCAAGAUGCAACAGUUGAUGAAAACUGCAAAGGAAGGCACUAAAGAUGGAAUAGAGAAGACCAAAGCUGCCGUGCUGAAGACAGGCCGCUCAUUUAUCCGGCACAGGUAUCAAGAAUAUUCCUCUCUCGGCUUGUUAAUUUGGCCAAAAAUAGAAGCACUGCUUAAUGUGGUGACUGUGAUCGACUGGAGAAUGGCCUUUGCAGGCAAUGGAAAUGUUAAAGCCCAUGCGAGAAAUUGCAGCUCAUCAGAGAUGAAAGAUCAGCGGUUGGGGUGCCUGGAUGAAGAGGAGCAGAAUCUCUUUAUUGACGUGGACUGCAAGCAUCCAGAGCCAGAGAUGACACCAAUGCCUGAAGGGCUGACACAGCAACAGGUGAUCCGGCGAUAUAUUCUUGGUUCCAUUGUUGAGAGUGAGAAGAAUUACGUGGAUGCAUUGAAGCGAAUUCUAGAGCAAUACAAGAAGCCUCUUUCAGAAAUGGAUCCAAAACUACUCAGUGAACGGAAACUCAAAAUGGUAUUUUACCGAAUAAAGGAGAUUCUUCAGUGCCAUUCGCUGUUCCAGAUUGCCUUAGCCAGCCGAGUGACCGAAUGGGACUCGGUUGAGAUGAUUGGAGAUGUCUUUGUUGCCUCGUUUUCAAAGUCAAUGGUACUUGAUGCAUACAGUGAAUACGUCAACAACUUUAGCACUGCCAUGGCAGUUCUGAAGAAAGUAUGUGCCACCAAACCUGCCUUUCUGGAAUUUUUGAAAAACUGCCACGAGUUGAGCUCUGACCGUAUUACAUUGUAUGGGUUGAUGAUGAAGCCAAUCCAACGGUUUCCGCAGUUCAUUCUUCUGCUCCAAGACAUGCUGAGGAACACACCGAAGGGACACCCUGAUAGACUUCCACUCCAGAUGGCUCUCACUGAGUUGGAAACACUGGCAGAAAAACUGAACGAGCAGAAACGGGAAGCAGAUCAGCGUUGUGAAAUGAAGCAGAUUGCAAAAGCGAUGAACGAACGUUACUUGAACAAGCUUCUUCGCAGUGGAAACAGAUACCUCAUCAGAUCAGAUGAUAUGAUGGAAACGGUUUACAAUGAAAAGGGAGAAACGGUGAAGACCAAAGAGCGACGCCUGUUCAUGUUGAACGAUGUUCUUAUGUGUGCCACGGUCAGUUCCCGACCCCAGCACGACAGCAGUGGAGUGGUGUCCUCUGGAGUGAGGUACUUACUCAAGUGGAGCGUCCCACUGAAGCAGGUUGAGGUGGUCGAGUUUGGUAACAGUGAGGAUUUGGCAGAGAAAAGUCGAUACAUGCCUCCACGUUCUGGAGAAAAGGUUCUAAUCAGUACAAAGCCAAACAAGCUGUACAUGGGACCAUGCCAGCUGUAUCAGGACUUGCAGAACCUCAUGCACGAUUUAAGUGUGGUUGGCCAGAUUGCACAGCUUGUUGCUACUUUAAAAGGAAAUUAUCAGAAUUUAAAUCCGAGUGUGAGCCAGGACUGGGCGGCUGGUCUUCAGAAACUCAUAUAUAAAAAGGAAGAAGAAAUAAGAGCUGCAGAUCGCUGCAGAAUCCAACUGCAGUUGCCAGGAAAACCAGACAAUGAGGAAAUCCAACGCCAUCGGUUGGGAGCCCUGGGGCACAAAACCUGUGAAGGUUUAAACUCUUCGAAGGCAAUGUAUGGGAAACUUGCAUUCUUCACUGCCGUUUUCAAUACAUUCACUCCAACGAAUAAACUUUCCUGGAUGAGCAGUUUACAGAUGGCCAAACUGGCCCUAGCCGAAGAAAACCAGCUGGGCUGGUACUGUGCAGAGGAUGACGGCAAAGAAGUAAAGCGGCAGAAACAUCCCCUUCUUGUCAGACACAUGCCCGUGAUGAUGUCAAAACUUCAGGAAUUCAAGGUUGAAUGUGCUGUCCAUAACCCAGAAUGCUGCAGUGCAUCUGAUGCACCAAACUCAUUCUCCAUGGAGCACGGGUAUUUGUGGAUUGGAAGCUGCACCAACCAAAUGGGGCAGAUCACCAUCGUCGCACUUCACAACUCCAACCCGAAAGUCAUCGAGUGUUUCAACGUCGAGUCCCGUAUACUGGCCAUGGCGUACGUACCGGACCAAGGCAAACUCGAAGACUCUGCAGUCUUCCCCGACUCUGAAGCUGCAACUGCAAAGGCCACUGAGAGCCCAACCGUGUGUCUCGGCAUGGAGGAGGGGAGCAUUUCAGUCUACAAGAGCAGUCAAGCUUCAAAAAAAGUGCGUCUUCAGCAUUUCUUUGCUCCUGACAAGUCGACAGUGGUGAGCCUGGUCUAUAGGUUUCGGUGCCUGUAUGCUGGACUCGUCAAUGGCAACAUCUGCAUCUAUACGAAGGCAGAAGAUGGGUUAUGGAAUGCUGAUUCUCCAAAGGUGCUGAGACUUGGUGAUCUGCCAGUUAAAUCCAUCCUAGUAAUGGAAGACUCGAUCUGGACGGCUUCUGGGGGACAGGUUUUCAUCAUCAGCACCCAGACACACACGGUGCAGCAACAGUUCGAGGCUCAUCAGGAAGAAGGGAUGGUGAUCUCACACAUGGCUGUAGCUGGGGUUGGAGUCUGGAUUGCCUUCAGCUCUGGAUCUGCCCUGCGCUUGUUUCACACAGAAACACUCGAACACCUUCAGGAUAUCAACAUUGCAACUCCCAUCCAUAACAUGAUACCAGGUAAAUGA